AUGAUUCUUCGAUUAGCCCAGUAUUUCUUAGCAUUCUCUAAAAUUCUCCUUGCUUUACCAGUGAAUUUCGACAAUCUGCGAGAUCCGAUCGUUUUCACCGUCAAAAGGGAAAAUGAGCACCCCAAUCAGCCAACAAUGCCACCACUGUUCAACCACGCGAGAAAUGAGCCAAUCCUCAUCGACGCCUCGAGUUUCAAUCAACUCUUCAAGCAGUAUGAGAUUACAAAAAGUGAACUAAAACCAUUUAAAUAUCAAUUCAACGCGAUGCCCGAUUCACCACGCACAAUCAUUUUACCGGCUCGGAAUUUCAUUCAAAACAUCGCGCAAAGUGUCGUGCAAACACACAAAAUGAACGAGAAUGGAGACAUUGGGAUUAGAAGGAAAUUAUUGAGUCCUGAAGAUGAUCCAUCGCUUUUUUCAAAGAAUUACAUCAGCACACCAAAACCGAUUCGAGAUCGGGUUUGCUGUUUGGAGAAUGGAAAAAUCGUGAAGAAAAUUGAUGACUCACCUCUUCCCUCAUCAAUGACUCAGCCGAAUCCUUUCCAUCAACAAAUCAAUCAAAAUCAAUUAGCCGAUUUGGUUCAAAAAAAACCCAUCCAACAGCCGUCAGAACGUCAGAAUCAGCGUCAAAAUCAACAAUUCCCUCCCGAAUUCUCAAUUCCUGUUCAAAAUUUUGGCGAGAGUUCGCAAAAAUUGGAUCAAUUGAAAUGGCCGGAGAAAUUGCAGAAAAUCAAUCAGCUUUCGGACAAUCAACCUAUCAAUCCAACAUCGAAUCCGGCAAUGAUUUCUCAAAAAACGACGACAACUCUGUUGCCAAUGAAUUUAAAGAUGAAUAUCAUUCCUGAUGAGAAUUUACAAGCAACAGGGAAAAAAAUUGGCUUAAAUUCGGCAUAUCCUGGACUCUUGCCGCAGAAAGCGAAUUUCGAGAAAACCUCAACAUUGGAAUCAGCUCAAAUCAAUCCAGGAGCAAAUAUCAUUUCACAAAGCGGUCUACUGGAAGCGCAGUCAACGACCGAGGGAAGUGAUUCUUCGAAAGGAAUCACGGAGAUUUCAAUAGAGUAUCGCAAAAUGUGGACCGCUUUGGCAAACCAUUGGCAUCAGUUGAAACAAGCGAUCUACUCAGCCGGUCUUGACAAAGAUGUCGCUGUUAUAUGGGACAAGUUUCACACCGCCGUUCAGCCAUUCAUGAGCGAUUUCGCGUCGAGUUUCGCGAAAGCGCUCAAGUCAGCCGCCCGAAAAUACUAUCGAAAAUUGAAUCAAAACGAGGCCACUCACGAUGCUAUCAAUCAUAUGAAACAAAUUCUCACCGAGGAACGGAAAAAU